AUGAGAUUUUUAUCAACAACUUCAGAGUUGUUUGAUUCACAACUCACAUUCAAGACUCUCACUAUUUCCAUUAAUGGAUCAAACGAUCAAAAAAUGGUGUUUAACCAGAUAUCCAAUAAAUUUGGACUGGUUGAGAAUCUUAGAAUCUUAUCCUUUCCUGAUCCUGGUUUCAGACCAGUGUUCACUUCAUGGCCACAAAAAAUUGAAAUCAUGAGUUCCGUUUGGUUUAAUUUGGAAUAUCUUUUGACGUGCACUUGCAGUAGAAUUACACUCGAAAAUUCACCUUUGGAAAACAAGGAUUUGGACAAACUACUAAAGAAUUGGAAGGUUGGAGGAUUUCAGAAUCUGGAUCGUCUGAAGAUCUAUAGUCGAAAUAUCACAAGUACUGGAACGAAGAUUUUGGGAAUUAAUUGGAGGGAAUUAAACGGAAUGGUUAUCCAAACUGAUGAUGGAACCAGUAAGGCAACUAUCAAGAAUAACGUUCAACGUUUUAAAAUACAUGUGACUUCAUUUGAAUGA